AAUCAGCCGCGACGGCAUUUGAUCCAACGCAAUUAUGUACGCGUACGGUUUCGAGAUCACGUAGUACUCGGCGUGUAAUUAUGUUGUUGUUGUUGUCGUCGUCGUCUUUGCACGGCGCGCCCUGUGUAGCUUCACGGUGAAAAUCUGGCGUGAGAGUUGCCGCGGUGGAACGGGGAACAUGGCGUCGGUCUCGGCCGAAACUCGAGCCAUCCAUGGGCACAGUUUCAGUAAGAAGACGUUUCACAAACCGACGUACUGCCACAACUGCACGGACAUGCUCUGGGGCCUCAUUCAGCAGGGGUACAUCUGCGAAGUUUGCAACUUCGUGGUGCACGACCGCUGUCUCAAGGCCGUCGUGUCUCCCUGCUCCAGCAUCGCGGCAAGCCUGAUUAAGAACCCGGUCGCACACUGUUGGUCCGAACAGGUACAUCGGAAAAGAAAAUUCUGCAACGUCUGUCGGAAACGAUUGGAUGAUAAUCUAUCCAUACAUUGCCAAAUAUGCGAGUAUUUUGUGCACACGGAAUGUCAGGACUUUUCUGUGGCAGACUGCAAAGAAAAUGCAACUUAUUUGCCUGGAAAGGAUUUGGCUGCUGUAAAACAUACGCAUCAUUGGCGAGAAGGAAAUCUUCCGAGCAAUUCCAAAUGUGCCGUAUGCAAGAAAAGUUGCUUCUCUGCCGAGUGCCUUUCUGGGUUUCGUUGCGAAUGGUGCGGCGUAACGUCUCACGCAUUCUGCUACAAAAGCAUUCCCUCCGAAUGUACGUUUGGGAAUUUGGAAUCAAUUUAUCUACCACCUCAUGCCGUCAGUAUUCCACGUACCGAGGUACCAAUGGAAGCUAUUAUCGGAGUAGAAGUGCGUCGUAAAGAAAUCCUGGCGCGUGAGUAUUCCUGCCAUAACAUCGGAGAGCAAUUCGAUUUCGCUGAGAGUGAACAAAUUGGGGCUGCAGGCCGCCUAGCAGAAGCUUUGAGGCGCCUUUCACUAGUUUUGCCACGUAGCUGCCAUGGAAAUUGUCAUGCUUCCCCUCCUUAUGUUCGAGCAAGAAGCAUAUCGGAAGAAUUUAGCAGUGGUGAUGCCAAGUAUCGCGAUAACGACGAGCCUGUGCAAGGUCCGCAUGGCCGUGAUCCACGAUAUACUAAAGAUAAGGAAGAUAAAGAGAGAGGCGACGAAGAGAUGAUAAAGGUGUACGAUGGUAAUAACUCUUUGAGGCGUCGAAUAUGUCGAGUAAUCACGAUACCUAGACAAGCUACCACGGAACAAAUUUUAACAUCCGCACUUCGUGCAUUUCAUAUCACGAAAGAUUCUAGCAAUUUUUACUUAACCGACUUGUACGCCACCGAAGAAACUGAAUUGUGCGAUCCGACACCAGUUCUAACCUUGAAUCGUAAAGAAGGCAAACGUCCGGCAGUCUUCUUGCGAUUUAAGGAUAAUGAAAGCGGAGAAGUGCGAGUCUAUCCUGGAAAGUUACAAAUAUCGGAGUCGUUCUGCAUCGUACCCGUAACGGAAACAACGACGAUAACAGAUUUAAUCCAGGAAUCCCUUCAGAGGUUUAAUUUAAAAAGUGCGAAUUCCGAAGACUACAGAUGUAGAAAAAUUCUCCUGGAUCGCGACGUAUCCGGCCGUGUUUUAUCGCCAGAGGAAAAGCCAUGGGAUAUAGUUAAACAGCUCGGUAAAGAUUCCAUUAGGCAAAUGGAAUUGAUGCGUUUUUAUUUACAAUUAAAACAAGAUCCCCACGGUCCCAAUCUGGCUCUAUUCGUGGGUAACUUGCCACCGAAUCUUUCGGAACGAAUUUAUGAAAAUAUGUUGACCGAGUUUUUAGGAAAAGAAAACAAAUUCUCAUCCAUUGGCCCAAUUUACUACGAAUACGGUUCGAUGGUAAUUAUAUACGAAGAUUCGAAUAAAGCGGUUAAAGCGUUGUACACUUUGCGCGAAUCGAAAUACGAAGACAAACAUCUUCUGGUUAUGUUAUUGCCAAGUAUCGAACCGAGUAUGGUACCAUCAGGUGUUCAACCCUUGCUUGUAUUUGUGAAUGUCAAAUCUGGUGGUUGCCAAGGGCUACAGUUGAUAUCUAGCUUUCGUAAACUUUUAAAUCCCUUUCAAGUGUUUGAUCUGGAUAAUGGCGGGCCACUUCCUGGGCUUUACGUUUUUCGUCACAUUAAGCACUACAGAAUCUUAGUCUGCGGCGGAGAUGGUACGAUAGGAUGGGUCUUGCAAUGUUUGGACAACGUCGGCCAAGACAGCGAAUGUUCUUCGCCCGCCUGCGCUAUCGUACCGUUAGGAACGGGAAAUGAUUUGGCGAGAGUAUUAUGCUGGGGAUCCGGAUAUACUGGCGACGAGGAUCCAUUGAAUUUAUUGCGAGAUGUUAUUGACGCCGAAGAAAUUAUAUUGGACAGAUGGACGGUUGUUUUUCAUCCAGAAGAAAAAGAUGACAAGUGCCAAAUGAGCACCAAUGCCGCAGUAGGCGCAAGCUCGACCAGCGAGGACAAUACGCAAAUAUUUGUGAUGAAUAAUUAUUUCGGUCUUGGGAUCGAUGCGGACUUGUGCUUAGACUUUCACAAUGCAAGAGAGGAGAAUCCUAACAAGUUCAAUAGCAGAAUACGAAAUAAGGGUGUAUACGUGAAAAUGGGUUUACGUAAGAUGGUCGGUCGUAAGCCGUGCAAAGACUUGCACAAUCAGAUUCGAUUGGAGGUGGACGGCAAACUGGUGGACUUGCCGCAAGUCGAAGGAAUAAUUAUUCUCAAUAUUUUAAGUUGGGGCUCUGGCGCGAAUCCUUGGGGACCAGAUAAGGAAGAUCAGUUUAAUAAACCAAAUCAUUGGGAUGGUAUGUUGGAAGUCGUAGGAGUUACAGGCGUCAUGCAUCUAGGACAAAUUCAGUCUGGUCUCCGUGGAGCAAUGAGGAUAGCGCAGGGUGGGCAUAUAAAAAUACGUUUGCAGUCUGAUAUACCAGUACAAGUAGAUGGCGAACCGUGGGUCCAGAGUCCGGGAGAAAUUGUAGUUCUAAAAUCUGCAUUAAAGUCUCCAUAAAGAGGCAUUACCUGACUGCCGAUGUCCGUCAGCGCAUGCAUUCCUCCCCUAAUCGCACUCUACUAAUUAUUCCUUGUUCCUUUGUUCACUUCAGGCUACCAUGUUGAAGAAAAAUAAGAUCAAGCGUCGGAAUACCGAACCGUCGAUCCUACCUGCUAAUGGGGAGGGGGGCAAGAGCACGGACGAGUAAACCAACCAUACUGCAGCUUGCCAAUAGUCAGUCAUUAUAAAUCGUUCUUUUAAGAGAGAGGUGUGCGAUCCUCGCCUAGACUCCUCGAUGUGCUAAAGAAAUAGUACAUGGGAACGGGGAGUUUCGGUGCGAUCUCACCCCCCCCGUAAAAACAAAUAGGCCUCCUAUGUAUGAAUUGUUCCGAUCGACUCCCGAAAGAAACGCAUGCGUUUACCUCGAUGUAUAUAUAUAUCACCACCGUGUCGAUACCCUUGGCCCAAUUGCAGCUGGAUGCUUCUCGUAAUAUAUAUAUAUAUAUAUGGAUUAGUCACGCAUCUCUUUUAUUAGAUAGACGUUCUUAGCUUUUAUGGAAUAAUGUUUCUUUUCCUUUCUCUUUCGUUUCUUUCGUUUUUUUUUUCUUUCCUUCUUUCUUUCUUUCUUCGUUCAUUUAUCUGUCUUUAACUUUUUAUUACUAUAUAUGUAUCAUUUUCGUAUCUUCUUUUUUUCCUGAGUUCUGACAUCUAUAUUUCUCACUUCGUCAUUACCAUUAACUUUCUAUCGAUUACUCCUUUGUGCGUUCCCCUGAUCCUGUCCCUUCCUAGGCAACGAUGCUGAAGAAGAGCAAGGGUAAAAUGAAGCGGCGUAAUACAGAAUCCAGCAUGCAGCUCGCACUACAGGCUGCGCCCUCGAACGAUCCGGAUUCUGAGAUCUUCUGAGUGAACAAAUCGUACUGUGCGAAGAUGGUCAAUGUCGUUGUCACGCAGGAACACGUAGUCACGCACGAAAAUCAUUCGAUUAUACGAUGAUAACGUAUAACACGUGCGUAAGCGGCCUCGAAAUCGUCACCGUAACGAUUGUGCUGUUACGAACAUAAAUAACUUCGAUAACUACAACGCAGUUACUUCAACAAGUGGAAGUAGAUAAGAUUUUCAAAUAAAAACUCAUGAUAAGAUUCAUUGAAAGAAAAAGAAAAACAAAAAAAAAAACAAAAAAAAAACAAAAAAAAGACAAAAAAAAGGAAGCUCAGUGAUAUCUUUAAUGUCCGUUCACAUGUUGCUAGGAUGAAACUAGAUCUCAUUAAUGAAUGUUAAUAACCAUAGCACUGUAUGUAGCUUGUCAAUCAAUAUUUUUUUAGUCAAAUUAUAAUAGAAAGUAACACACGAUAAUGUUACCUCCACGAACUUUUAAAAGUAGUAUUGAAGAUCGUAAGAUAUUUGCUUCUAAUGUUCAAUUUAUGUUUAUAUAGCUUGUAGAUUGGACACACAAAUGUAAUGUAUAUUACUUUAGUAUGGUACUUUACCAAUCUGUGGCAGUAUGAAUCGAGUAUUGCGAUAUAAGACGCAAAAAAGGCAUAGAGAUAGUGAGAGUGAGAGUGAGAGUGAGAGAGCGAGAGAGAGAGAGAGAGAGAGAGAGAGAGAGAUCAGUUGUUAUUAAUAUGUUAUAUAUACAUAUAAAUAUACAUAUACAUAUAUAUAUAUAUAUAUAUGUAUAUAAAAUAUUAAUAUAUUUACAUAAUAUCGUAUUAGUAUUACGAUCUAAGUUGUGAUAAACGCAAUCUGACCGCUGGGCAGUCUGGAAUUCACAAACCAGGUGCGGUUAGAAAUUUCCUAGAAAUAAUUCAUAAGAGAGUUAAUGUAACAACUUUCAAGUAGCGUCGCUCUAAGGCAAAGCACUUUGCCAAUUCGUCUUUGACUUGUGUAAAAGAGCAGCGCCAUGGGCUAUGAAUUGGACAAGUAAAUAAAAAAAAACAUGAAUAAAUAAAAAAAGAAACAAAAACAUUAAGGAGGUGGCUUAAUAACGUUCUAAAUUUGGCUCUGAUAAAUCCAAAUAUUCCAGUUUAUCGGAGCCAUCGGUGGAUCGAACAUUCCACUUUAUUGUAGUCAAAGCAGAAAGAAAGAAAGAGCGAGCGAGCGAGCGAGCGAGAGAGAGAGAGAGAGAGAGAGAGAGAGAGAGAGAGAGAAAGAAAGAGAGAAUACGUGUU